AUGACUAAAAUAUAUACUUAAAGCAGAAUUUUUGAAGAAGCCUUCCCUUAAGACCUUAUUUUUCGCGAACCUGAUGCUAACUUUAUACCAUUUACGAAGGAACAGAUCAAAUCAUUACUAGUCAACAAGUUCUAAAUAAAUUGCCCUUAAAUAGAGAUUAAUAGCAAGCAAAAGUAUAGGGCUAUUCUGGACAGAAAUAUUAUAUAUUUGUUCUUGAGAGCAGACAAAAAAAUGCUUGAUCCUUAAUUUUGCUUAGAUAUCGAGUUUUCGACGCUGUUUGUCAACUAUUUUGAUGACGACGUUAAAAACACUGGCACCUUGCACAGUCUUACUAUCAGGAAAAAAGACAGAGUCAUAUAAUUUGUACCUUGCCAUAAUUCUAAUUAUGAGAUAAGAGAUAAUAUUAUAUUAUAGUGGGCCAACGCUUUGUCUAAAUUCACAAUUAGCGAAGAUAUAUUAAGCAGAUAUAAAAUUAUUGAUAAGCUAGGAUAGGGGGCAAACUCAACUGUCUACAAAGUAUCAAGCAAGGUGAAUCCUAAAAAAUUCUUUGCACUUAAAGUUAUUAAUAAAAUGUCUUUUGAGAAUAAUUGCAGAGUUGACUAACUAGUGUCUGAAAUUAGAAUAAAUCGAAAUCUAUCGGAUUGUCCUGGUGUUAUUAAGAUAUUUGAGGUCUCUGAGACUAAAGUAAAUAUAUAUUUGCUGCUUGAGUUUAAAUCAGGAGGAUCCCUUUAAGAUAUUCUUCAAUCUAGAGAGUGGGGAUACGAAGAGAAGAAAAUAAGAUCAAUCGCUGAACAAAUCCUAAAUAUUUUAACUGAAAUACACUAGAGAUAAAUAAUACAUAGAGAUUUAAAGCCAGAUAAUAUACUAAUUGAGGGUGAAAAAAAUGGGUCUCCGAAAGUGUUUAUAGCUGAUUUUGGAUUGGCCUCAGAGUUAGGAGAUUCUUCAAAAAUAAAAGUAAGAUGUGGUACUCCUGGGUUUGCAGCUCCAGAAAUUAUCUCAGGGAAAUAAUAAACACAAAAAGCAGACAUUUUUAGCUUUGGAGCAUUGCUAUUCUAUAUGUUCACCGGAUCAAAUCUAAUUAAGGGAAAUUCAAUCUAGCAAAUACUUUUAAGAACUACAAGGUUAAAUUCUAAAGAGAGGCUACAAAAAUUAUCAUGCUCACCAGCAGCACUAGAUUUCAUAUCAUAGACAUUGAUAAUCGAUCCAAUCAAUAGACCAACUGGGGAAGACUUAUUAUAGCACCAUUGGCUGAAAAGAAUUAAAAUCAUUGAUAUAACCUAAUAACAAAUCGAAUUCAAACCUAAUGAAUUAGUUGCUUUUGGCCAAUUGAAAAUUUCUAAUAAUUCUUUUGUCAAUUAAAGAAAGCUGAUUAAUGACUGCAACAAGUCUGCCAUUGAUUAAAAUGAUAAUAAUCUUCAUUAAGAUCUAUUGAGAAUUAGGAGUUCCAGCAAUAGACAAAAUUUGAAUAAGAAUCUUGCUAAUUCAUCAAAGUGUGUAAAAAGAAAUCAUAGAAUUGGAAACAUAAUUAAAGAAGAACAUGAGAAAGCUCAGAUAGGAUUGAAUAAAAUCAGAGAAACAUCUGCCCCAAUGUCUGUAAAAAACAAUCCCUAUAAGCAGAACAACCAUUAUUUUUUAGAAAAAUAAAUUUGCCUCUCAUUUAUUGAGGAUGAUAUCACUGAGAAACUCUAGCAAGAUGAUAAUUGUAAAAAGUUUGAGACAAAUUUUAAUUCAUAAGAAAUGAUUGAAACUAUCCCUAGUGAAAUUUAUGAUAUAGAAAUAACUCCUAAUCUUAAUCAAGGAUAAAUCAAAAUUGGAAUUUGCAAAGAUAAGGAAAUGGUAGAUCAAAGAGAGAAAUAGAUUUUAAUGUCCGUUCUAAAUUAACCUAAGUUGUAGAGAAUAUUUGCUGAUAAUAAAUAUUGA